AUUCGUGUUGGAACUACUUAUUCACCUGUGGUUGGAGACUUCUUAAAACUUAUCAAAUCACAUUCAGUACUUCGGUCAAAACGCUAUGUAUCACCAAAGGCAUUUGAUAAUGCUAUAUGUGAUUUUAAGACAAAACUCAACAAUAGAUGGAAUAUAAAUACUACAAGCCUUGGAAUUCGACAAAGUUUGAAUCAUUUAAAAAAACAUAAUCCAAAUAUAUUAAACGAUUUAAAACAUAACCAGAAACUUGUAAAAUUAUUAAGGGAAAAAUAUAAGUGUGAAAAUAAUGAUGAUAUGCCAAAAAAAGAAAUCUCAAAACCAAAAAAAAGAAAGAUGAAUAAUAUAUCAAAGUCUAUGGAUAGUUCUACAUUAAAAAGCCUUGAAUCAUCUGAAGAAAAUAAGGUCGAUAAACUUGAUUCUGAAGAUGUUACAAUUAUUUCUGAUAAUAAUGAUAAUGAUAGUGAUAGUAAUAAUGAGAAUGAGAAUAAUGAUAAUGAUGAUGAUGAGUGCAGUGAUAUUGAAGAUGAUGAUAAUGAUGAUGAUGAAGAUGAAGAUGAAAAUGACGAAGAGUUCAAUGAAUAUAAUAAUGUUAGCGUUAGUGAAGAUUGUGAAAAUGAUACAAUCAUAACAGAUCAUAACUAUGGACAGCAAAAUUUAUCAUACACAUGUGAUAAGUGCAGUGCAAGUUAUAAAACAGAAAAGAAAUUGAAAAAGCACAUAUUUAUAGAGCAUAAUAUUGGAGAUAACCCAUAUAAAUGCAGUGGAUGUAAUAAGCUGUUUCGCAAUGCACAUAAUUUUCGAACGCAUUCAAUUUUAUGUUUGAAUAGAGGGCAAAAAUAUAUAUGUCAUAUAUGUGGUAAAUAUUACAGUAGAUUCUCUAUUAGACAUCACAUGCAAUUACAUCAAAAACCAAAAUUUGAAUGUAAGUUAUGUCCGAAAAAGUACCACAAGCCAUAUCUUUUUAAGGAGCACAUGAAAACACAUAAACAAGCACGUGAUAACAUAUGUGAAUACUGUGGUAAGGGCUACAACACUCGUAAGAGUUUGGCUGUUCAUCGCAAGGUACAGCAUAAUCUUACCUUUAAAUGUGAUAUAUGCAAUUUAAAGCUUAGUUCCGAUGCAGCAGUCGUUCGUCAUAAGCAGUAUAUGCAUUUAGCACUGGAAGGAACAAACGAAGAAUUGGAGGAAAGGACUAAAUUUAAUCGCUAUCCAAAAAUUAUAGAUCCCGAAACUAAGAAGAAACGAUACUUUUGCGAGUUAUGUGAAAAUACAUAUGCAAAUUGCAGUUCGUUAUUAUCACACAGAAGAAAUAUACAUAAAAUUAAACCGAACAAAAAGAAUAUGUAUCGCAAAACGGUGCUCAGGAAAUGGAAUAAACAAAAGGCUGCAAGCUUGCAAAAUAGUGCGAAGGAAGAAACCGAUGAAUAUAUUCCGCAUGAUGAAUAUCAAUAUAUUGAGAUGAAAGAAGAUGAUGAUAUAAUAUUGGAAGAGACCGAGGGUGACGAGUCCUUUAAUUUGUUAGAUGAAUAUUUUGAAUUAAUUGAUUAAUUAAUUGAUUUUAUUUUGU